CAGUGGGUUGGCUUCCAAGAAUCAUGCUGGUCAACAAACCACUGUGGAAACAUUUUUGUUCUCAUUUCUUUGUGAUUACACAAUGGAGACUGAAUAUUUGUGGUAGGGAGUGUAGGAGAAAAGGGACAAACAUCUCUUCACUCAAAAAAAGUCUACGCGGACCCUUUAAGGAGCAGAUCUUGUUUCCUUGGUUACGAUAUGUAUACAAAAAUGGUAGGACAGAGAUUAGGCAGACAGUUCAACUUUAAUGCUUUGCAAUUGAGGUCCUUUCUCUUUUAAUGCAUUUGCUCAUGAAUUUAAAUAAACUGUAUACUUAGCUAGCUAGGUAGCUACCUAAGUGCACAAAAAGGUAAUUUAACAUGUGAAAUAUAUACAGUGUUUAUGUAAUGUAAGGUAGGGAGGUCGCUAGCUACCUAGCUUUGGUUUGUUGGCUAGGUCAACAGGAACAUUGUGUGAGUUAGCUAGCCGGCUAACACAAGAUAGCUUAUGAUGGCUGAAGGCUCAGAAAACAGCCAGAAUGGGUCUGAGCUUCACAUGAAUCGACACAGGCCCGCCUCCGAGAAAAACCAGGACAUUUCAUACUUACUCGCAGGUAUCUUUAAAGACCUCUACACCAAAGAGGUUAUCGGAAAAGAUACCAUCGACAACCUUUUCAAAUCUCGGCGGGGAGAUCAAGUCAGCUACCAUGACAAAUAUGUGGAGGAGCUCCAGAAGGUGCAUGCUGAGUACACUAAGCGCAUGAAAGAUGUGGAUAUGCUGGAGAGCCACAUCAUUCAGGCACGCAUUCAUGCCACUGCCAUAGAGGACCGAGCUCAGGCUCAGAUAGUGGAGGAGGUUGGAGAGGCCUACACUGGGUUAGGCCUACCUCCCGUCAAAUCAUCCUUCAUGCGGUGCGUGGACGGUAGACUUCUCAAGAGCCAUAAUUUGAUAUGUCCAGAGGAUUACAUAACUGAGCAAUCGCCUCUAGUGAAAGCUCCACAAGGGGAGGGUCCGCCAGGCUUUAGUCAUCCCACCUUCUCCUACAACAAACACACCUGCACCCAGGCGCAGGAUGACGGCUACACACUCAUCCCUUGGCAGGGGAAGACCGUGGAGGAUCUGCUCGAGGCCUCAGAGGGGACACUCACACUAGCUUCCAGCAUGGAGUCCAGCCCAGAGAGAGGGACUCGCUCGCAAAAGACCAAUAAAGCCCGAAAGCCCCAGUGGAUGAAGGAGCCCAGCGCCCAGAGUCGAGUGGAGCAGAGGGCAGCGCUACAGAGGCUUAAGGAGCGUCAGAACUUCCUGCGAAACCCACGCUUUCUGCCCCCCCUCGCCCAGAGGGGCGGCAAGUCCCUCAUCCUGAGCGGGAAGAAGUCAGAGAAAGUGGUGGACGGGAAGAAAGUGACUGUUGAGGAAAGCCCCGAGGCCCCAGUGCCUGUCUUCCUGGCCAGCCCACCUGUGGUCCUCUUCACCAACUACAAAAUGGGACAAGUGUAUGAGACUGUGCCCCCUGUUGAUCAUUUCUGGUACUGCACCAUGUCCUUUCCUCCCCGUCAGACCACUGUCGAGCUGAGGAACCUCACUGCCACCUGCCGUCACGUGCGAGUCAUCCCCCCCACCACACCCUACUUCUCCAUUGGCCUGGGGAAGUUCCCGGGUAAAGGGGGCAUGGUGGCUCCUGGGAUGAGCUGCCAGUACACGGUCCGCUUUGCCCCAGACUCGCUGGCAGACUGUGAGGACUUCCUGGUGGUGGAGACCCAGUCCCCUCACUCCCUCAUAGUGCCCUUAGAGGCCCGCAGGCCCCCUCCCGUACUCACGCUGCCUGCUGUUCUGGACUGUGGAUACUGCCUGGUGGGGGGAGUUAAGUUCCUGGAACUCCUGUGUCAGAAUGAGGGCUUUAUUUCUGGAACUUUCUGCAUCAUGCCCAAGAACCAGUGGCCUGCGCCCAGUCUGAGGGCAGUAGUGAAGAGCAGUUUUGCUGAGGAGCAUCCUUUUGCUGUGUAUCCCUCUGUGUUUGCGCUAAUGCCAGGACAAGCCACCAUGUUGGAGUUGGUGUUCUUCCCCACCACUGCUGGGCCUUUCUCUCAGCUCUUCACUAUCGUAUGUGACAACUGCCAGGUCAGAGACAUCACCAUUAAAGGUACAGUGGCUGCCAUUGAUGACUCCUCACCCCACUGUGUGUGUCUCUCAGGGGAGGGCCAGGUGGUUGCGGUCGAGCUGGUCCCGUUUGUGACGGGCGGAGAGGACAGCCCCGAGUUUGGGGAGCUGUGUGACCUCACGGCCAAUCACUUUGUGCGCUUUGACUCCACCAACCCCUACUCCACUCUGCAGAAGAAGCUGGUCAUCAGAAACAAUGUGCAUCUGGAGCUGGUGUUCCAGUGGCAUGUGAUGGUGCCAAACGUGCAGGCUCUGCUCCCUGGCGUGAGUCCGGAUCUCUCCAGCAUACAGAAUCACGUUGCCAUGGACGACGCCUUCCUCAUCAGCCCUGCCACAGGCCUGCUGGGUCCCAUGCAGGAGCAUGAGUUUGUGAUCACCUACAACCCACAGGAGUUGAUUGAUUACCACAGUGUUUGUCAUCUGGUCAUAAGGGACGUGCCAGAACUCCCCCAAGAAUCAAGAGAGGAAGGUGCUGCACAGCCGGUGAGCUCAAUGCCCAGACUGCAGGAUGUGGUGGUGAUGGAGGUGGAGGUGAAGGGUUCCACUGAGCCGUAUCACAUUCUGCUGGAGCCGUACGCCAUCCUGGUGCCCGGGGAGAACUACAUCCACACCACCAUACGCAGGAGGUUUACGAUGUGGAAUCACAGUAAAUCCAUCAUUCGCUUUGAGUGGGAGCGCAUCAGCGACUGCCACAUUAUAGAGGUGGAGCCCCCUACAGGAGAAAUUGAGCCCAAUGAGUGCAUUGAUCUGGACCUGGUGCUGACCGGAGGGAAACCAGACCAUUUGGCGACUACUCUGCAGUGCCACGUCCAGCGCCACCCGGAGCCUGUGGGUCUGCCCGUAGACAUCAAGUUCAAGGGCCCGCACCUGACCAUAGACGUGCCCUGGGUGGACCUGGGUCUGCUGCGGCAGGGGGACGAGUGCCGCUCCGCCUUCUCCAUCUACAACCCCACCCCGCUGGAGAAUGAGCUGGAGCAGAGUCCGGGCGUACAUGUCGAGCUGGAGCCCGGUGCGGGCGUUAAUGUUAAUGUCACAGUGACCUUUCACCCUGUGCUCUGUGCUCUCUCUGUCAGGUCGAGCCAGAGCCCGGUCGAGCCGGAGCCCGGUGCGGGUGUGCUGGCGCCGCUGGCCUCCUGCCGGGUGGACGUGCUCUUCAGGGCCCGGCGCUGCCAGCACCUUGAGAGCAUCCUGGAGCUGGCCGUGGAGAACGGAGGUGGAUGCCACCUCUUGGUUCAGGCAGACGUGCAGUCUCCACAGGUGUGUCUGCUGCGCUGUAAGCUGCUCAUACCUGAGUUGUAUGUGGGACAGCCAUGGAGCGGUACAACCACCCUCUGCAACCAGACCAUGCUGCCCGCACACUUCACCUGGGGAAAGCUUCGGGGGAAACAAGGCUUCCUGUGCUCGGCCCGCUUCAGUCCUAGCUCAGGCACUCUGGCGGCCCAUGAAAAACUGGACAUCACCGUGUCCUUCACUGCGCACACAGACGAGGAGCUGACUGAAGUAUUAGCCCCCUGUGAAGUGGAUGGAAUGGCUCAUCCUGUGGUCCUGGGUCUCUCUGGCAAGGCCAAAGCCCUCAGCGUCUCCUACUCUCUGCCCAAUGCAGGUACCCCUAAAGGCGAUCAAUCAGUGCUGUUGGACUUUGGCGAUGAGGUGCUUCUGGGAAAGCCCGUCACCAAACAGCUGGUCAUGACCAAUCACACAGCUAUUCCUGCCCCUUUUACCAUGGAGGCUGAGUAUUUCAUUGGCUGUCCUCCCUCGCCAAACGCCAAUGAAUCUGAGCUCAGAAGUGGAUAUGUGAAAAGACCCCUGAAUCACAUCCAAGCAAGGAAACUAAAGGAAAAGACACAUGAUGAUUUUGUGAAGCGUCUUCUGAGUCAUGCAAAGGGUGCGGCGUUCUUCGUCCAGCCCAACACCGGAGCCCUGGGGCCCCAUGAAACUCUCACCUUUAACGUCACGGCCUACGCCAACAUGUGGGGAGACUACACAGACCUCCUCGUAUGCAAGGUUAUGGAUUUUAGUCAUGCGUUUGGAACAAUCAGGAAAAAAUAUAUCUUGUGUGCACAGCACCUAAAAGCUCUUUCUGACAGACAGGUCGGGGAGCUAGAGACUUUCAUCCCUAUCCAGAUGGUGGUGAGAGGCUGUCCUCUGUACUUCCAGAUGUCAGGGCCUCAGUCAGAGAACCAGAACCAGGGGCCUAGCAUACGAUUUGGAAGCCACAUGUCGGGGGGAGACACCAUUUCACGCUCACUGCGCAUGAACAACACCAGCCCAUAUGACAUCCGUCUGGACUGGGAGACGUUUAACCGUGUGCAGGACGACUGUAAGCUGGUGGAUCUGCUGGUGUCCUACGGAGAGACCUUCCCCCUGAAGGACAGAGAUGGGAACGAGGUGGUGGGACACCCUCCCCACUCCUGCGAUGGUCUCUCCCUACCCUGGGACAAGAGCCCCUCCCCGAGCACAGAGGAAACCAGCUCCUCCCCCAGAACCUGCUCUGAGGACGGGGAAAGACCAGAGGAGGAAGAGGAGGAGAAGAAAAGGAUGUCUCUCGACUCUUCAGCUCCACAGAGGAAGCUCUUCACUGUGCUCAUCAGGCCACAUGAGGGCAACCCCUCCGAUUACCCAUACUGCAUCACUCCACAGCAGAUAGUAGUUCCAGCAGGGGGCAGUAGCACCAUGCAUGUGUCCUUCACCCCUCUUACACUCUCAGGGCCAUCCAGUGAUGCCAGGUGUGAAGGCUUCGCUCUCGGCUUCAUGAGUCUGGACUCCAAGGUGGCGGCGUGCGUCCCGGGAAAGGUGGAGCGGCCGCAGGGCCAUGAGGUGGACCCUCUGAAGCUGGAGCUGCACGCCUCCGUCAGCCCCGCCAUUCUCUGUGUGCAGAUGGAUGAGGACGGGGAUGCUCUGGAGUUCCAGGCGGUGGCGAGUGAUUUGAUAGAAGAAGACCCCAAAGAGACGCUCACAGUGAAGAAGGAGGCGGUGGUGGUGCGCUCACUGAGGCUGAGGAACACCACGGAGAUGGCGCUGGCCUUCCGCAUGAGCACCCAGCCACCCUUCUCCGUGCUCCAGCCUCAGCCUCCGCCUCAGCCUCCAGCCCAGGGCAGGACCUUCACUGGACACGGACACAGCCACAGCUCCGCCGAGAGCCAGCCUCUGCUGCUGCGGCCUCAACACAACAUGCAGGUGAAGGUGGCGUUCCACAGCUCGCUGUCUCUCCUGGCCUAUCUGGAGAGGCCAUGCGAGGAGCUCCCGCCCUCUGUGUCCGUGCUGCGAGGCGACUCGGGAGAGGCCGAGCUCCGAUUCCUGCAGAACCUUGUGGUGGAGUACAGCAACAACAGUUUGCAGAAUGUGCCCCUGGUUGCCUGUCUGUCAGUGCCCUCACUGCAUGUGUCUAGCAGCAGGGUGGACUUUGGGACCUGCUACCUGGGACAGACACAGACGCAGGAGCUGCACCUCUACACCAAAGGACGUUCCUGCAGCUAUUGGAGCGCAGCCAUAGGAACAGCUGAUGGGAGGCGUGUGUUCAGAGUCACCCCUGAGUGUGGAGUACUGAGGCCACCAGAGAACCAGCAGAUUUUACAACUCAGCUUCACUGCCAGCAACCUGGAGGAGAUCAUCGCCACGGUGACGGUGAGAGGGAAGCUGGGUGAGCCGCCGCUCGUCCUGCCGGUGCAGGGAAGAGGAUCCAGCGACGAGAGAUACAUGAAGUAGCCGACCACUGCUCUCGACCACCCAGCCGGGGACACUCAGACAGAGAGUAUUGAUUUAUUUUGCAGUCUGGAUGCAUAAAGCAGUCAUGAGCUCAUUCUGAUAUGCAUUUCCUGAUCAAUAGAGUCAUUUCUUGUCUGGUCUUACAUUACCGGUAAAGAAU